UCUGGGAGUGAAGUGGAAUUUCUUAAGAACAUCAUGGAUGGAGAAGAGAAAACCUAUGGUGGCUAUGAAGGCCCUGAUGCUAUGUGUGUCAAAUUAAUAUCCUCUGAUGGUCUUGAGUUUAUUGUAAAAAGAGAACAUGCGUUAACAUCAGGAACAAUAAAAGCCAUGUUGAGUGGCCCAAGUCAGUUUGCUGAAAAUGAAACCAAUGAAGUCAAUUUUACAGAGAUCCCUUCACAUGUGCUAUCCAAAGUGUGCAUGUAUUUCACCUACAAGGUUCGUUACACUAACAGCUCCACUGAGAUUCCUGAAUUCCCAAUUGCACCUGAAAUUGUACUGGAAUGGCUGAUGGCUGCGAAUUUCCUAGAUUGUUAAAGAAAAUAAAUUAUAAUAAACUGUUAACUUUUUUCAGGAUUUAAUACCCGUAGUUCAGUUAGUAACUUUUCAUAUUUAGCAUGUUGCCUGUGUGUAAUUGAACUUUUAAUGUUCAUUGCCAAGCAGAUUAUCUUCUGUUCUUUUGCAUAGCAAUCAGAGCUGACAUUCGUUUGCUACAUCAGUAAACUAAGGACAUCUUCAAAAACUGAGAAAUAAACUAAUAUGCCAAUU